AUGCGUCAAGUUGUGUAGGUGUGACGCGCUUUGCCGUGCAGUGUUGCUGUCUAUGAAGCAUCUGACAUGACCUACAGCUUUGAAAUUGAAGUUCCCUUUCCUACCGAACGGGAAGCUCAGAUUGCCUGUAAUUCACUCAGUGUAGAUCCUGAACCACGCAGAAGCGGCUGCACUAAAGUAUUAGAAACAGAAGAAGCCACUCUCAAAGUACGGUUUACUGCCUCAGAAGCCAGGAUCAUAAGGGUUGCAGUCAGCUCAUUCCUCGACUACCUCAUACUGGUCAUCAAUACAAUCAAGAAGUUUGGACCUUCUAAAGCAUGAACAAGGCUGGGUACUACAAUGUUGUUUCCUUGAUUACUUUGCUUUGACAAAUUUAGAUCAGAAGCAUCAGAAGGAAAUACUCUGUAGGUUUCUAGAUGUUGAAGUAUGAUUUCAUAUGUCACAAAGACUGUACUACACUACACCCAUGCACUAAUUUACAUUAUCAACAAUACAGUUGAAUGGAUUGUUAAGAUUUCA